GUUUGCUGUUUCUAAUUGAGGUCAUAAGAUGCUGCUUUCCACUCGCUUCAUAAGUAGUGCAAUUCUGUUAUCUGGUGCAAUAGCUGCUCCAGCACCUUUGGGUCUUCCAGAUGCUGAUGCUGAUGCUUUCGCAAUGGCCAUCUCAGACGAGGGCACCUGUGCCAGCUCCCUUUGUCGUACCUACUGUAAUUUGAUGAUCAUCGGUGGUACACAGUGUACAUCUAACACGACCAACCCAUACGCUGGCCCAUAUGACACAGACUGUCUGUGCUCUUCAAACUCCAAUUUGAUGAGAUACUAUGCUAAAUGUCUCGACUGUGGUUGGACUCUAUGGAACAACUACGGACCAUAUGCUUCAUCUGCUUUGGCUGCGUGUGACUUGCCAACUGAACCAACAGGUACGCUUUCAUGUUCGACGGCACCAACCACAACAGUUGAGAACUGUAUAGAUGAGGGAAACUGUCUGGUCACUAACGCUGCUCCAGAACAGACGAUGAAGACAACAACUGUUGAUAAGCCAGCGUACACCGUAAGAACCGUUUCAAAGGGAACCACCUCCUUAGCACCAGCAUAUACUGUCAAGUCUACUGUUGGAGAGUCAAGUUCCUCUUCGGUAUCAGAGGUUACUUCUCUGGGUGCACCAGCAUAUGCAGUAAAGACUGCUAGUAAAACAACUACUCUCGCUGCUGAUUACACUGUGAGAACGACUUCUGCUACUGGUGAAACCACUACUCUUGCAGCAGACUACACUGUUAAGACGACAUCUGAGUCUCUAACUACCAACUUAGGUCUUCCUGAUUACGCUGUGAAGUCCGCUCCAAAGAAGUCAUCUUCCUCUACAAUUGGAGAAACAACUACUCUCGCUGCUGAUUACACUGUGAAGACCGUUUCCUUACAUUCAACUUCGUCUGAGGAGCCUGUCAGUUCUGAAACAUCAGUUUCCUCUUCGAGCCUUAUCUCCACCGCCGAAUCUGUUUCUAAGAGCUCGACUGCUAUUACCUCUGUAUCUGCUUCCGUCUCUACUUUUGUAUCUGCUACUUCAGAACCCCAGUUUGUUGGAACUCUUAGCUCUGGAACUCCAGAGUGGUCUCUUACUAUCCCAGGAUAUCUUGGUCCAUGGACUUCAAUUGAGCUGGACAUUUCUGGUGAAGGUUCUGUUGGCCAAUUUGAGUACACCCAUGCUGUUGUUUACCUCAAUGGCAAACAAACUGACGAAGCUCAAAUUACAAUCAAUUCAACUUCUAUCACUGUUGUGUACGACGCAGCCAUAGGCGAGGACGAUGAAUUGACUGUCACAUAUGGUGGUCAGAUCAUAUCAGGCUCUUCUUGGACUUCUUCUGUGCAUGUCACAAUCACUAGCACCAGUGCAAAGCUUAUCAAGAGAGAGAUUAUAACUUAUGAUUUGACCUCUACUAUCACUGCUGAUGACUCUUCUGAUUUUUCUUCUUCUGCUUCCACCGAGGAAACAUCUGAGGAAACAUCUGAGGAAGCAUCUGAGGAAACAUCUCAGGAGUCUACUGAGGAAUCUACUGAGGAAUCUACUGAGGAAACAUCUGCAACAACAUCUGCAACAACAUCUGAGGAAUCCUCUGAGGAAUCUACCGAGGAAACAUCUGAGGAGUCUACUGAGGAAUCUACUGAGGCAACAUCUGCAACAACAUCUGAGGAAUCUGCUGAAUCUCUCACUGAACUUACAUCCACAACUACUGAGGAGGUCAACUCAACCACUGUUGUCACGAUUACUUCAUGUAGUGAUGAUAUCUGUGCAACUACGGCAGUCACCACUGGUGUUACAGUUAUCACUGAAACAUCAUCUGGAAUUGUUACAUCCUAUACCACUUAUUGUCCUAUCACAACAGAGGACGAGAUCCAUGCCACUGUGAUAACUGUGACAUCUUGUGAGAAGGAUCAAUGCACUGUCAUCUCAACAACUACCGGCGUUAUUACCUUGACAACCACAGGACUUGAAGGUGAACAAAUUACGUUCACAACCUAUUGCCCAACGACAACAGAGACUGAAGGUGGACAGGUCUCAACUAAAACCAAUAAGGAUGAGGUCAUCACAGAAACUACAAGUGAACAAUCGGCAACUGAAACUAAGAGUAAAGAAAUUACAGAGGAAACUUCUGUUGAGGCCUCUGCUGAAACCACAGUUGGUGCUGGAGAAACCACAUCUACACCAGCUGUAACUACUUUUGAGGGUUCAGCUGCUAAGCUUGCUGGUUCCACCAUUUGUGGUUUGAUCUUUGGCCUGCUCAUCCUUUGAUUUUCGGAGCCCUGUUAGUAUCAGCAUGAACUGCGUAUCGAUGACGCUCUUCGUGUUUAAAAUUUUCUUAGUUAUAAUCCUGUAUAAUAAUACCC